AUGAUCGCCGUCCUCGAUGGCUUUGUGGAUGAGGAGUUGCGGCAGUCGAUCAUGGGAAAGCUUUCGCCCCUCCCCGCCGGCGAGAGGACCGUGCUCUCCCAAGUUCCCGUUUCAAGGCAGCUGGAACAGCGGCUGCAGUCAGUUCUCAGAUGGUGUGCCGAUGGUCGUGACCCAAAGGCUAUGGCCUUGGAAAAGCAGUUUAGCGCUCCAGGUCCAGCCAACUCCUUAGAUACAGUUCUGAUGCCAGGAAGAGUAGCCAUCGGAAGUUCUCCUAUGCACCAAGACACCGGAUUCGAUGCAACAGGGAAGCCGGAUCCGGCAUAUGUCAAGGGCUUCGUGGCAGUGCUGUACCUUGCUGGUUCUGGCAGGCUCACGAUUCACAGCAGCUCGGAAGAGCAUGUGGUGGAAGUGAAGCCAGCGCGGCUCGUGGUGUGGCCCAACGAUCGGUGUAUCCAUCGUUUAGAUGCCGGAUCAGGCAGCCGCAUGAUGCUGGGGCCCAUGGCCCUGGACCUCGCUGGGUGGAAGCGUGCUGGGGACCAGUAUGCUUGUUCUGCAGUCGGAUCACAGGCCCGUGCGAUCGAAAUGGCAAAAGAAAAGGAGGAUGAAGAGAGAGCAAGGGCGGCAGAGAAAGAACAGCAGUCGGCAGAGCCAAAAGCUCAGACGAAGUGUGGCCCAUGCACAAUAAGCUGA